AUGGCAGGAUCCCGGCAAAUCGUUCUGUGCUUCGAUGGCACAGAGAAUACAUUCACCACUAAUGGACCCGAGACCAAUGUUUUGAAAAUAUGUCGCAUGCUUGAACGAACUGAUGAGCAAUCCGGGACUGGAACCGACAUUACCCCAGGAUCUCUGGCCAACGCAACUUUGCGAAAACACACCAACCUCGGUAAUAGCAAAGCGCUCAACUUGGCGCUUGGCAAAUCAUUCGAUCGUCAUGUUCUAGGUGGAUAUCGCUUCCUGAUGCGACACUACCGCGAAGGAACCCGGAUUUACAUCUUUGGAUUCUCACGAGGCGCCUAUGCAGCACGCUUCUUGAACGAGAUGGUCGAUUUUGUGGGUCUCCUCGGCCCAGACAACGAAGAGGUACUUCCAGUCAUUUGGGAUGCCUUUGCAGCGUGGAAACUGGGUCGGACGAACAACAAGCAGGAAGCGAAGAAACGGGCAUACACUCUGAUGAAGUGUAGCCGAGAGACGCUGGCUCAGCCUGUGCCCCGUGUUCACUUCCUCGGAAUGUUUGAUGCAGUUAAUAGCGUUGCCGACUUCGAUGUCAAUAUGGAUGAAGUCCCUUCGACAAAGACCAUUCGACACGCCGUGAGCAUCGACGAACGUCGAAUCAAAUUCAGACCAGUUCUCCUCGGCAUUCGAGAGGAGCAACCCCCACCAGCUCCCAAAUCAAGACGCCAAAGUUCCGAGCGCAACUUCCAGGACGAUGAAGCCAGUACUCCUUCCGGGCCCCCUGUUCUACCAGAGAUCCCACACGUAACCACCCACAACCGCAGCCACGAUGUCAGAAUGGUCGAAGACCAGCGAGACGUUGAAGAAAUGUGGUUCCCGGGAGGACAUACCGAUAUCGGCGGUGGCUGGAAUCUCGAAGCCGGCGAGGCAUGGCCAUUGAGUCAUGCACCGCUGGUCUGGAUGGUCGGAGAAGCCCGCAAUGCCGGCCUUCGACUUGACCCGUGGAAGAUGAAGCACCUGGCGUGCAUUCCAGAAUGCAAUGAAGAUGACACUUCAGACGAUCAAGCGGAAAAAGCCCAUGAGAGCUCCAACUUCAUGUCCAAUUCUCAAAAGGACUUUAUGAAUGCGCUCCAGAUCGGUGGUAUGAAAGGGCGGAUUCACGAUCUCCUCGCUUGUGGGCAGGGUCUUUCGAUUCGCUCGGUUUUAUCCUGGCGGUUCAUGGAGUGGCUGCCUCUGCGGAGAAUGGAGUUGCAAUCUGAUGGCAAGUGGAAGGCUGUGCGCUGGCCGCCGCCUCUAGGUCAAUCUCGAGACAUUCCCACCGAUGCGCAGGUCCAUAUCUCUGCUAUUCAGCGCAUGCGCUGUGAUGCUUCUUACCGACCUUCCAAUUUGACAUAUGGUUUGUCGGAGGGAGACUCGGGAAUUGGAAAAUGGGGAAUCUACUCACAUGAGGGCGACCCAGUGCGAGAGAGAUAUGUGCGUGAGGAUGUUCAAUUGCCCUAA